AUGGCGAAGAAGCGACAAUAUGAGGAAGACUAUUUGAAGUAUAGUUUUACAUCCUUGGUCAUCGGUGGUAUUGAGAAGCCGCAGUGUGUAUUGUGCAAUGUCGUUCUCAGUGCUGAAUCCAGGAAACCGUCCAAAUUGAAACGUCAUUUGGAGACUAAGCAUUCCAAAUUCACCACGAAGAAUUUAGAAUUUUUUCGACGACAUGAAGCCGCUAUGAAACGUCAAAGACUUGAUGUUUCAGGGAGCUUCUAUCAAGAAAAACAGGCCUUAGUGCAAGCAUCCUAUGAAGUCUCUCUGCAAAUUGCAAAACAAAAAAAGCCUCACACAAUUGGAGAAACUCUUGUUAAUCCGUGCUUGUUGAAAACUGUGAAAUUAAUUCUCGGAGAAGACAGCGUGGCAAAAGUAAAACAACUUUCCCUUUUCAACACAACUGUUAAGAGGCGCAUCUCAGAUAUGUCCCAAGAUGUCAAAGAUUUAGUGGUGAAUGAAAUUAAAGCCUCUCCGAUGUUUUCCUUUCAGGUUGAUGAAUCAACAGACGUUAGUUCAUGCGCCCAACUGUUGGUUUUUGCAAGAUAUAUUUAUUCAGGGGACAUCAAAGAAGAAUUCCUCUUUUGUCAUGAGCUUGCCAGUACAACUACAAGCUCAGAUAUUAUGGAGAAAUUAAAAAUAUUUUUCGAAUCCGCAAAUCUAGAAUGGAAACGUGUUUGUGGAGUUUGUACUGACGGAGCUCCUGCCAUGCUAGGGCCACGUUCGGGGUUUCAAAAGAAAGUCAAAGAACUUGUUCCUGAAGCCAAAGGUACACACUGUGUCAUUCAUAGAUAA